UGUCUUGCUGGGACACAGUGGAGGUCUAGCCUGUGGUUUGCGGAGCGGUCGGGUGUAUUCUCCGCUCGCCCCCACGCCCUCGAGGCCCCCGCCGCCCGACCCAACGGCGGAGCCAGCCAGUGGCUUCCGCGACGCCCUCCCGCACCGGAUCGCUCCUCGCUGGGGCGGGACCUGGCCCGACGGCUCCGGUCACUAUGAGUGAAACCUCUUUCAACCUAAUAUCAGAAAAAUGUGACAUUCUAUCAAUUCUUCGGGAUCAUCCUGAAAACAGGAUUUACCAGAGGAAAAUCCAGGAACUCAGCAAAAGGUUCACCGCGAUCCGCAAGACCAAGGGGGAUGGGAACUGCUUCUACCGGGCCUUGGGCUAUUCCUACCUGGAAUCCCUGCUGGGAAAGAGCAGGGAAGUCCUCAAGUUCAAAGAACGUGUCCUGCAGACCCCAAAUGACCUUCUGGCUGCUGGUUUUGAGGAGCACAAGUUCCGAAACUUCUUUAAUGCUUUUUACAGUGUGGUAGAGCUGGUAGAGAAGGACAGCUCGGUGUCCAGUCUGCUGAAAGUGUUCAACGACCAGAGCUCCUCGGACCAAAUCGUGCAGUUUUUGCGCCUGCUCACCUCAGCCUUCAUCAAGAAUCGCGCGGAAUUCUUCCGACACUUCAUUGAUGAGGAGAUGGACAUCAAGGACUUCUGUACUCAUGAAGUGGAGCCCAUGGCCAUGGAGUGUGACCACAUCCAGAUCACAGCCCUGUCCCAGGCACUGAACAUCGCCCUGCAGGUGGAGUAUGUGGAUGAGAUGGACACGGCCCUGAACCACCACGUGUUCCCCGAGGCUGCCACCCCUUCCGUUUACCUGCUCUAUAAAACAUCCCACUACAACAUCCUUUAUGCAGCCGAUAAACGUUGAUUAAUUUUAGGCCAUGCAGUGGAGCCUGUCACCUAACGGGACUGCAUUCUAAAUGGAACAUUCCGGCUUUUCAAUUUUUUAAGCAACUUAAACUAUAGUUAGAAAAUGUACAGCCUUUUGGGCAAAGUCACUGGGAAUGAGGCCUACCCAUUAUGGACCAUGGUAACUUAGUGAUACUGUUAGUAUUUAUUUUCAUGGAGGAUCAAAUGCUUUCUAACUCAGGGCUACAAAGCCAGAACCCCUAGCUCUGCUCCGAGUUGCCUGAGACCCUAGGCAGGUCACCUCCCCUCUCUAGGCCUGUUUCUUCAUCUGGAGAAGGUUCCUGACAGUGCUGACAUUCUGUUGUAUAAAAAACAGGGCCCUCUGGUUUCCUUUCUGUGCCUCUCUGUUGGGGAGGAAAAACUCAAGGUCAGCUGUCUUCAGUGACUUAGUUCUACAAAAAAGAAUCCAUUCCAAUCAGCUGUUAGACUGGACUUUGGUGGAUGGCUGACUGAAGUGUUGGCCACUUGGCCAAUGAGAGGGCUUCAGUGUGGUUCCAAACAUUCACCAUGGGAGUGUUUUCUUACCCUAACUUAAGGAGGAAAAAGACUUUUAUGCCAAAGUCUAAAAAGGGGCCUUCAGCAUGAAGCUCAAGUUGUUGUGACCCCCUCUCUACCUCUCUCAGGGCCAGAACUGCCUGCCUCUGGGCAGGCCCUUCAGGAUUCUGCUGCUAGCCCUACUUGAAAAGAGGCAAGGAAGGCUGGGGUCUGGGACCAGGAAGCUGUCUCACCACCCCCAACGCAGCCUGGAAGUAGAAUCUAAGUAAUUGUGCAGGUGCAGACAGCAGUACACGCAGCCAGACUCCAGCUGGGCAGGGCAGACAUGUUUUGCAAAGCUGUCUGUGGCUUCUUUCCCUUUUCCCCCUUCUGCUCUGUUUUGUGGGCUUGGAGGAAGUUAGGUGGGAAAGAAGAGAGACAAGCCCAGGAAACUGGCAGUGGGGGCGAUUCCUGUUGUGGAAACUGCCUAGAAGCCAAGAGCCCUGGCUGGCAGCCUCCUCGUUCAUCCACCUGGACAUGCCCCUUAAUAACCUUGUCACUUUGCUGUCCCCAGGACCUUGAAGAGUCCCAGCUGAUCUGGGGUACUGCUAGCAAGCUCUCUUCCUCUGUGGGAGGAAAUGGAGACUGUAGAAAUGGGGAACUGCCCAUGGGUUACUUCCCUAUAGCAGACUGAUAAGGGCUUGAAUACAAAUAGCAGAUUUGUAUCAUUCUGCCUUUGUGAAGACAGAUGUUAGGGUGUUUUAAUGCCAGGCAGGGACCCAGGUUCCCCUAUUGCCUUAGCUGGAGCUUAAACCCAAGGGCUCAUGCUAAGUGAUUAUGUCACUUUUCCACAAGAAUGUAAAUCUGACCUUGAUCUCUGAAUUGGUAAUGUCCCACCCGGCUCUGGGUAGGGUGCUAGGAUCUGUGACAAACACACUGGAAGAACGGGGGAAGUGUUAUGUGACUUGGGACUAUCAGAAUCCCCAUUUUCAAACCGAAGGGUAUGAACACAGCACCAGGCUGAAUGCCCGUGGCUGCUCCAAGGGACUGCGGGAUGGCCUGUGCCUCCAGCUGGGCUCUCACGCACAGCAUAAGCAGCAGCUGCCACUUCCUGGCAUGUGUUCACAAAAACAGAGAUUUCUCUUUGGCAGACUGGCUGAAGAAAUUCCCUCCCAGGCUUCCUAUGCUGUGACUUCCAGGUCUGAGAGCCCACCAGUGCUCUUAUGGGACCCUCUUCUCAGGAGAGAUCCUAUCAAUUUAGAAUCAGAAUGCCACAGAGGCAAAUUUUCUCAUGUUCUUAUAAUGUGCUUCUCCCCUUUUUCACAAAACCCCUGGUCCAAUCCAAGCCAUUGCUCUCUGCCCUCACAUCUGCCCUCAGAGGGUGUGAGGGCAAGCACCAAUGCUGAAAAGGGAGUGGCAGAAUUCAGAACUUGUUCAAAUCCAGUCAUCUGUGGAGGUCACUUUGUCUACAGCAGCCAGUGAUGCCGGCAUUCACACUUCCUGGAUCAUUCUCCACCCACCUCACAAGCCAUCUCUGUCCAGACCAAAAGGGGCAGGAGAGUUGCUAUGAGAGUCUGUCUUUAUAACUGCACGUUUACUAUUUUCUUUCCAAAGGAACUUUAUAAAUGGGAAUGUUUUGCAACAAAAAGAACAAACUGUCCUUGCUUUUGACUGUGUUUCUAUUUUAAGCACAAAGGGGUUUUGGAGCCAGAGCCGCCUGGGUUUGAAUCUCCCCUUUUCACGUACUAGCUCUUGGCCAAGAACUUCACCUCCGAGCCCUAGUUCCCACAUCAGUGAAAUGGACGCAGCACAGGGUCACUGGUUAAAGUGGAACAAGAUUAUGCGUGAGAUCUGAUACCCAGUGCUCUCUACAAGUGGGGAAGCAGCAGAACACUUGCUGCAAUGUAGGCAAAUACCUCCUUGCCAGGGAAACUGGCUUCAAAAAUGGGGGAGUGUCAGGAGCCAUCCGACAAGUCUAAGAACCAUUCUCACACUGCGCAAA